CUUAUUUUUCAAUUUUGAAAUUAUUAAUAUUACAUUGCUGUAACUGCCCCUCCAUUUUCCCUUAUUUAUAUUAUUCUCAGUUGAACUACCUUCACGAAAUCGACACCUAAAACCAGAACUAGAAGAAGAAGAAAUACCCACUUUGGAUCUAUCCCUCUUCCUUUACUGAAACUUACCAAAAACGCAGCAAAAGAAAAUAUUGAAGUACUAUUCAAAAAAUUGAUCUUGAUGGGAUUCAAUCAGCGUUUCUGGGUGUGUUGUGAAGUUCUGCUUGUCUUGUUAAUGGGUCUCUCAGUUUUUGCAGUUCCCGAUACUACCUUCGAUUCUGCGGCGCAUAUCGGUCGGAACCUUCUUCAGGCUAAAAAAGGCUGUCCUGUGAAUUUCGAGUUCUUAAACUACACAAUAAUCACAAGCCAAUGCAAAGGUCCCCAUUACCCUCCGAAAACCUGUUGUGCAGCAUUCAAAGAAUUUGCUUGCCCAUAUGCUGACGUUUUAAAUGACUUGACAAACGAGUGUGCCACGACCAUGUUUAGCUACAUCAACAUUUACGGAAAAUACCCUCCAGGACUUUUUUCUAGCGAGUGCCGGGAAGGGAAGCAAGGUCUUGCCUGCCCCGCAUUACCACCAUCGAUGUCCGCAAAUGACACAGCUAGUCAGAUCAUGCACUAUCCAUGCUUGAUUCUGAUGCUCUCAGCUGGUUUCUUAUUCUUGUUAUUCCUAUAAUUCAAUAGUGCCCAUUUUUUUUGUCAUUAUCAUCUUGUGCACUACAUUGUUAUUGUAUAAUCUUUGACAAUUCUUUGAUUACAUAUCAUCUUGUCCACCAUCAAGAUUGUGCUAAGAGCCAAAAGGGUAGCAUAUAGUAGAUUAGAGCUAAAAGUCUCUGUUUUAUUUGAGUGAGUGUUGGCUUCAAUGCUUUUGAGCUUGUAAACUCUGCUGAGAUGGUUUACCUUACAAUGGGGUUUCCCUCUAUAUCUCGUGUCUUAUUCUUAGCUUAACACCAAAAGACAUAUGUUGCAUGAA